CCAAACCAAACUUUCGUGAUUCCCUACUUUAUUUCCAUGUGCACAACAAACCAAAGCAUUAUGUGUCAAAAAUUAAAUGGGUCUGCCUAUUUACCAAACCAAAACAUUUUGGACAACUACAAUACUUUAGGAUUACGUACAAUACCAUGACAGUCACUUCAAACUAUGUAUACCAAAACAUUUUUGGACAACUACAAUACUUUGGUAUUGGUAUGUAUUUAAUAUUUAUGUUCUAUAUUAAGUGCAUGGAUGAUGAAUGAUGUAUUAACUCGAAUGAUGAUGAUAAUCAUGGAUGGUUAGUCUUAUUAUUAUUUCUUAUAUAUAAUGAUAGUUUACGAUAGUAAUACCAUAUGGUUACGUUUUAUUCAUUAACAGGAUAAUUGUUUUCAUGUAAUGUUAUGUUAUUUGGGUAAUCCGAUUAACCAAACCAAUUAAACUUUGGAUUGAUUAAUUUGGUUUUCGUGUUAAUUUGGACGGUUUGGUUAAUACAUUUUAUUUCAUGAUUAAUAAAAUUUGGGUUAAUUGCAUAGUUGAUCACUGGGAUUACAAAAAACGUUUAAGUUUGGUCACUCGAAAUAUUUAAAUCCAUUGGUGGUACUUCAGUUUACUGAAACCGUUCACGUUUAGUCACUCUCCGUCCAACUCUGUUAACUUUGGCUGAUGUGGCAGUCAACUCUCAAAGUUGACCGUUAACUUAGUGACGUGGCAACUAAAAAAUUAUUAAAAAAUAAAAAAAUAAACUUUUAUAUUUUCCACCUCAUUAUUACAUUCAUUAAAAAUAAAAAACCUCAUUUCUUUUCUACAAACCACAUACCCUACCCGACCCAACCUCCACCACCGUCGCAAAAUCCGGCCACCGUAACAACACUCUCCACCACCACCACCACCAGACUCCGACUCCUGCCCCAUCCCCGUCCCCGACACCGGCUGCUCCUUCCACGACGGCUUUCCCCACUCGAAAUCCACUUGACUCAGCCCCAUUCUCAUACACGAAAUGGUUGUCCAGUUUGGGGCCUUCCUGGUUUAGAUACUUCAAAAUGCAAACGAAUGGAAAUUAAUUACACAUUAGAAUGUAAAUGUAAAUGUACAGUUUUCUGGUCACAUGUUCAUGUUUGUACGUAGUCUUCUUUUUUCCCAUGUAAUUUUGGUAAUGACUAAUGUACAAAAUACCUCCUGGAAAAGUGUGGAGGCAGAGUAGGAAGGCCCCGGCAUGAAUGCGGCAAUGAAAACCGCCACAGAGAUUCUACGGGGAAAAUUUCCAUGGCUUGAGCAGCCGCAAGCCCGCCGAAGCUAUGGGCGACAAGGACCACCUUCUUCGCCGGCGGGAGAGAGGCCAGAUAAUCCCUGAGCGGCUGCGAGUACUGGGAAAAGGUCCCAACAGCGUCAAUCUGUUACGGGUCGAUGCUGGAAGCAGCCAGGUCGAUGGCGGUGACGUUGUGGCCGGUGGAGGCGAGCAGCGGCAACAUCUUGUACCACGACCACGCCCCGAAGCAAGCUUCGUGGACCAACACGAAGUGUCGUCGGCCGCCGGGGGGAUUCGGGCCCGGAAUGGGUAAGGAAUUGGAUGAUGAAGUUUCGGCGGCCGCUGCCAUGGCAAGCCGGCGUCGGGGACGGGGAUGGGGCAGGAGUCGGAGUCGGCUGGUGGUGGUGGUGGUGGGGAGUGUUGCUACGGUGGUCGGAUUUCGCAACGUGGAGGUUGGGUCAGGGGUUUGUAGAAAAAAAAUUAGGUUUUUUAUUUUUUUAUUUUUUAAUGAAUGUAAUAAUGAGGUGGAAAAUAUAAAAGUUUAUUUUUUAUUUUUUAAUAAUUUUUUAGUUGCCACGUCACUAAGUUAACGGUCAACUUUGAGAGUUGACUGCCACAUCAGUCAAAAUUAACGGAGUUGGACGGAGAGUGACCAAACGUGAACGGUUUCUGUAAACUGAAGUACCAUCAAUGGAUUUAAAUAUUUCGAGUGACCAAACUUAAACUUUUUUGUAAUUUCAGUGACCAACCAUGCAAUUAACCCAUAAAAUUUAGGCUAAAUUGAUUUGGUUAUUACCACAGUAAUCAUUUGAAUAGCCUAGGUGCAACAUAAACCAAUCCAGUCCAGUCAGAGGAGUCAGUAGUCCUUUUUGUUUUUUUGGAUUCUUCUCGUCGGCAUCUUUGUGGAGCAGGAACUUAUUCGUCAUAUAUGGAUGUUGGGCUGGGCCCAAGAUCAAGGAGGGUAUUCUAGUUGGUUUUGAGCUGCAGAACCCAUAUUGGGUAUGACUUAAUGGGUGAGGGCCUGACUUGAGAUUGAGAGGCCCAACUAUUUUGACGAACGAUUUUUCUCUCGUUGUUGGAAUUUAAUUUUUUUUACAGUUAGAUCAGAUUAAUUGUGAUCUUCAAAAUGAUAUCCAAUUUGAUCUAUUUUUUGAACAAAAAAAGAGCUAUUUUUUACCAGACUACCAUAUGGUAUGAAAAGCGUAUCAUGGUGGUAUGAACAUACCAAGACUGUAGGAUGGUUGAAUACAUGCUAGCAGGAGUAUUCUAAUUGUCAUUACGACUUUCAACAUAGUGUACCACAAGAUACCACCUCGUAUCAGGGUGGUAUUGUGUGAUAUUUUUUGGUCAUGUAUUUUGUUCACCCAAAAAUUUGUAGAUCCAAUAGAUCAUGAUGAACUCGUUACUUUUGUGAAUUUUUUUUUAAAAAACGACUUAAAAACGAAGAAGAUACCAUAUGGUAUGCAGUUGGUAACGAGACACAAGAAAUUUUUUUCCUAAAAAAUAUUGAAAAUGUAUCUCAUUUUUGUAUAGCACAACGAACUCGUUUUAUCUGUGCAAAAAAAAAAAAUCCAAGUUAAAACGAAAAAGAUAUGAGCCGAUUAAGAAAACAAAUGAAAAUAAAAAUUACUUUAAUUCUCCACCCUAGAUAUGAAUUUUCUGAAGAAAGGGUCUAGAUUUAGUUACUGACCGUAUCCGGAGCUUGAGUUAGGCCGGGUAGCAUUAUAUCGAAUUAGAAAGUGUCAAAUUAAAUUGGCACAAUUAUCAUCGUUCAUGCCACAUAAAUGAAUAUUGAUCAUAGUUGUGAACGUACUAAAAUUUGUUGGUCGAACUUGAAAUCAUAUUAUAAAAAAUAUGAUCAUAUUAGUGAUGAUAAUGGGGCAGGCGGGUACCUCAUCCUGCACCAAGCGCGGUCAAGCCAGGUAAUACCCUCAUGGGUAGGGAUUCCACGAGUCUACCACCCAAUCAAUUUGACUCGUCCCGAAUAUUACGAUAAAGUUAUAAAACUCCCAAUUAGAGCCCAAAUAUAAACUUUAAUUGGGUGCAAUAUAUGGAAAAUAUAUUUAAUUAUAAUUUGGCUAAACAAAUGAAGUUAAUCAUUUAGC